AUGAGCCAAACUGACCGGCAGUUAUCUUGUAUCAGAAUUUGGUUGGGGGGGGGGGGGGGAAUAAAGACAACUGACGGUACGCGCGCUCCCAGCAUGGCACAAAAAUCUGAGGAAAGUGGGAUUUAUUUCGCCAAAAACUCAACGGGAAACAGCGCCGGCUGGCUAAAACAAUCCAACAGUACAGCGCAAAACAUUUACGGAUCCGGACACAUUCAUCCGAUAGCCUGUGACAUGGAAAACCCCUGCUGUCAAACAGCUGCUGCUCCUCAGGAGGAGUUCUUAAACGCUGACUGCCGAGUGGGCGACAGUCGCUCUUUUCCCGCCUGCGCCUCAAUCUCAGAAACAGCCAGAGAGCUGUGCAAAGCUGUGUCCGUGUCACUUGGACUCACCAUGGAGUCCACGGACACGAGCGACAUGGACGCUUCUCUCCCCUCGUGCGCAGAUUAUUUGUUCGGAGUUGGAGCGGUGCCGCUGAGCUGUCCGCGCGCCCCGGCUGCUGAGUUACCUCCACGCGGACACAAGCAACUGGUGGACAUGUUCAAAAGUUCAGAGAGUGCCUCGCGCCUGCAACAUCUCACCUCCACACAAACAUGUGCGGACGAUCCAAACUUCACACUGUGCAACUCCGAGGACAGAAUUUCAGAGGAGAUAGAUCAUCUGGACACCGCGCGUGCUGCCUCUUGCCCUUAUGCCCAAUCCGCCCCAUCCGAUUUGGCCCAGAUAUCCACAGGGAGGCCGUGCAGGGUCUACAAGCCCCCCGAUGAAGCGCGAGACGUUGGGGAAGCCAUGGAGAACAAGUUCGGUGGAUAUAAUCCGGAACAAUUCGGCAUCAAAAUCAAAACUGAGGACACUCAACAUGCAGGAGCGUUGUGGGGAGGUAGUUACACCUUUAAUGAGAAAUACAAUUCUCAGGGUUGGGGUUUGAGGCAGUGCAUGAAUGCAGAUAGCAUAGGGGCAAACACAGCGUUCAUAUGUAAUCCAUACGAGAGGAGCGUGGUGCGUCCUGAGCAGUGGUACCCGGACGGGAUGCUGAGGCCGCCAUAUCCCAACUCCAGCUAUGUGAAGAGCGAGGUGGGCGAGUGGCUGGAUGUCGCCUACAAUGACACCAGAUUCGAGUCUGGCAGAGAGCACAUGUUCCCCAUGGAGUUCUUCUUCCCGCCACAGAGGAUUUGCCUGAUCUGUUCAGACGAGGCGUCAGGCUGCCAUUACGGAGCGCUCACCUGUGGCAGCUGCAAGGUUUUCUUCAAAAGAGCAGCAGAAGUAGGCAAACAGAAAUACCUGUGUGCAAGCAAAAAUGACUGCACGAUCGAUAAGCUGAGAAGAAAGAAUUGCCCUUCCUGUCGACUGAAGAAGUGUUUUGAAGCUGGAAUGACCCUUGGAGCGCGUAAACUAAAGAAGAUUGGGCAACAGAAAAACCCUGAAGAGGAUCAUCCUGGUCAAGAACAUUUAGAUGUCAUGCAGAAUAUCUCUCCUAAAUCAGGCCUGAACUUCAACACCCAAAUGGUCUUUCUCAACAUCCUGGAGUCCAUCGAGCCCGAGGUGGUAAAUGCAGGACACGACUACGGCCAACCAGAUUCAGCUGCCACUCUGCUGACAAGCCUCAACGAGCUGGGAGAAAGGCAACUGGUCAAAGUGGUCAAAUGGGCAAAAGGAUUACCAGGUUUUAGAACUCUCCAUGUGGAUGAUCAAAUGACUGUCAUUCAACAAUCGUGGAUGGGGGUGAUGGUGUUUGGCCUGGUAUGGAGGUCCUAUAAGAAUGUCAACAGCAGGAUGCUUUACUUCGCUCCAGAUCUGGUGUUCAAUGAACACCGGAUGCACAUUUCCACCAUGUAUGAGCACUGCAUACGGAUGAGACACCUUUCACAGGAGUUCCUGAUGCUGCAGAUCACGCAGGAGGAGUUUCUCUGCAUGAAGGCUUUGCUCCUCUUCAGCAUACUUCCAGUUGAAGGUCUGAAGAGUCAGAAAUACUUUGAUGAACUGCGUCUAACCUAUAUCAACGAACUCGAUCGGCUCAUUAAUUGCCGUAUGAAAAACAAUUCUUCUCAAAGGUUCUACCAUCUCACCCGACUCCUGGACUCUCUGCAGAUGACUGUAAAGAAGCUCCAUCAGUUUACAUUCGACCUCUUUGUCCAGGCUCAGUCACUCCCCACAAAGGUCAGCUUUCCAGAGAUGAUUGGGGAGAUAAUCUCAGUCCAUGUACCAAAGAUCCUGGCAGGUUUGGCCAAACCAAUAUUGUUUCACAAGUAGAAGGUUUUUGGUUUUUUUUAUUGAAAAAUGACUCAUCUUUGCAGCCUCCAUAGACUUCGACGAAGGUUCUGUUUCCCUACAUCUUCAGUCUAAUGGCUCUUAACCCUGUGCUGCAAUCUUUUUUAUUUUCCUUUUAUCCAUAAUUGAGAUAGUUUGUUCAUAACUGUUAAAGCUUUUAUCUGAAGCGGUGCAAGGCAUCUGUUGACAGCACUGCUAUUUCUGAGUGGAGAGUUUGUGUUUUUAGCUGGAGCAGACAUGCUACUUUACAUAAAGUCUUUAAAUCAUGGGAACAGUGAGCUAAAAGUGGCAGGGUUAAAGCAUAAAUUUUCCUUUGACCUUUGUUACUCAAACAUUUGGCACUUUCUCAUAAAAACUAACAAAGACAGCCUAAAGAGAAUACUGGAUCACAGAAAGAAACAAACACUUGUUAUCCAUUACCUUAGCAAAAAAGAAAAGUUUCAAGUGCUGCAUUCAGGUACAUCUGACAGGUUCAUUUUUGUGAAACGCAACUUGUAGGUUCAGCUUUGAAGGACAUUUAAGUGCAUCAGUGCCUUAAUAUCAGGAUUAUUAAUCUAAAGAGUGUUUUAAAAUGAUUCAGAAUUAACAUUUACCAUAAUUCUUAUCAAACCAAAAUGAAAAAUCCUGACCUGAUAGUGUGUCUCUAUUCUGCAUAUAAUUGCUUUGACAAUCAGCAUGGAUAUGGAAGUAAAGUUUUCAAUGUACUUGUAAGAUAGAAACUUGAUGUGCUACAUUUGUGGUCAGUAAACUUGUAAGAUUUGUCUGAGGAAAAAUAGAUUUUUCUCGCUGUGUGAAUGUGAAAUUGGAUUUAUUUUGGUGGUGCCUCACAAAAUAAGAUUACAAUCAUAAAGCAAGUUGAGCGCUAGUAAUUGAAAUCAAAAUAGAACAAUCAUGGCCUAUGAGAAGUGGAGAUAGCCACCCUAAGAGCACCCACCAGUUUAUGCCUACUUAGGCCUAUUUGACAUAAACAGAACAUAUUCUGUUUGAUCUUCUCUUUCAUUCCGACUGGGAUGAUUCAGUGAACAUGAAGGUGUAAUGGAGAAAACAUGAAACUAUGGGGACUGAUAUAUAGAUUAACAUUUAAUCAUAUAAAAAAAUGUUACUUGGGUAAUAAACCAAUGAGGGUAAUUCCCUCAUAGACCUCCUCAAUCUGACUUCUUUUUAUAGAUAGUUAAAGCCCCCCUUAAAAAGAAUGCAGAAUCAAGUCACUUCCACAUUUGCUUCACUUUUUAGACCUAUGCUAGGCUAUGUCAACUGCAGCUACAGAGUUUAUACUAAUUCAUUAUUACUAUUGCUUAGGGUCUUUCAUGGCUCUUAACAACUAGUGUCAGAGAAAAAUCCUUCCCAGUUGCAUUUGAUGCGAAAUUCCUCCUAAAUUCAAUUAUUUAGAACCAUGAUCAUUAAAGAUUGCCUUGUCCUCGAGGAGGACUAGAUUAAAAGUCGUGUCAGGUCAUGAUUGAAAGCAAAGUGUUGUGUGUGUAACUGCAACAAAACCAAAACUUCACAUUCUCUAUUUUAAAAACAAAAAGAUAUUUAACCUGGUUUGCUCUCAUCUACUUGCUCUCUGUAAUCAAAUAACUUUCAUGAUCAAAUUUAAAUUUCCUAUUCAAUACAGGACAGUACAGAAUCUAAGCGUUUAAUAAUCAUGGAAGAAACUGUGAUUUAUUAAAACUUUUUUUUAAGCUUCAAUGCUAUCCACAGAUUUCAUAUCAGAGCAAAAGUCUUCUUUGAAGUGCUUUAACAUUUACCCAUGUACAGUGUAUACUGCGUUUGUUUGAGCCAAUGCAGACUGCUCCAGAUCAUGCCUGCUUUAUUGAUGCUCUGCAAUUAACUCUCCUCAUCGCACCAGCAACAAACUUGUAAAGCUAUUGUCUUGAUGUUACUAAUUUAAAAGCAUGAAGUGAUAAAUAUGAAGAGGGUGAACUUGUUAUAGCAGGUACGUAGCAUGAAUUAAGUUAGAAAAGAUUUGGAAUUUUUGGAAACUUUAUUUUCUUGACUGCAUGGUUUCAAAAUUAUUAAUAAUGCCACAUAAAGUUGAUGAGAAAAUUUAAAAAUGAUGAUCCAACUAUGAAGAGAGUCACAUGAACAUGCCUUUUGUUUGGAUGCCAAUCUUUUUUUUUGGCACAACAGAGAUCCAGAGAUAACUCCUUUAUGUCAGCAUUCCUUUCAUAUUGCUCAUAAUCAUUCAAAGGGCAAAAGUGGCAUGAAGUGUUCAACCCAUCAUUCGUACUACACUUGUGCAUACACAGCCCUGUCCUGUCCUGGCUUGUCAUACCUGUUCCAUAAAAAUCAACAAUGCGUAGCAUUCGCCCAGAAUAUUAAAAAAAACUCUGGAUUUUAUCUUCAUAAAGUUUCGAUUCUGGCUUUACAUGAUCCUAGCAUGUACUAUAAAACAUGUAAAGGUAAAUCUAAAUAUGACGUGCAGACUUGCAGCAAAGGAUCUCAAGGCAUUGAUUGGUGUAUACAGUGUGUUACCACCGCACUCGCUGUGUAACAUGGAGUUGGCAGGGUCAGGCUGUGAGCAGCAGUUACAGCAGCAGGAAAGGAUGGCAUCAAACUCUGCCAAAGAAUAAGAAUAAGAAACCUACAGCCAUCUGAAACCUGGGAGGGCUUCACAUGUGAAAGUCCUUGACUUGUCCUGCCAGACCUCAGAGUUGAACCCCUCCAAAAAAAAAAAGAAAUGUGGGGAAUGCCUUGAAGAUAACUGAACACAGACACUGCUGUAAAACAGUAGAAGACUACUGAUACAGUGGGUUGUACACAGUUAUGAGUUUUUGAAAUUUCUUUCCAAAACAUAAACUGAGUUGGUGAAACAUGAGGCCCUUUGUACAUACAGCUUCGUCUACAUGAAGACGACUUUAAAUAAGACUGACCCAAGAGUAAAGACCGAUAUGACCACAAUCCAACACAGACAAAACUUUAAUCCAACUUCUGCGAUCAGCACUGUAAUCAUUUUCAACUCUGUUUUCUAACUGUAAAUUCUAGACGUUAUAACUUCACAUUUAUUUUACAAGCAAGUAGAUGCAUGCACCAUGUGUUCGUAUAACUGUGUGUAGUUUGCAACUAUUUGUGAAUGCGCUUUACAGAAAGCAAUGCAUGGACAAUCACAUGUCUCUCUGAAUGUUUAUUAUAUGCCUGAAGGCAUGAAAACAUUUUCUUGGUGGGACAAGCUGACUAUGAAUGUCAUUUUUUGAGGAACUAAUUCAUUGAUGAUGUCAGUGAAGCAUUUAGAGUAAAACAUCAUCGGCAUAAAUUAAUGUCUUUGUCUUUUUAUACAAUAUUUGCUGUGUGGGAACAAAAGAACAAAAUGGGGAGAAUAGUAUUUAUAGAGAGGUACAGGUGCUCUAUUAGACUUGACCAAACUAAAACAGCUGAUCACAGCUUUUAAAUCAGCGCGUUAAUAAACCUUGAAGGCAGACGUUCAGUGAAGAGUUUAGACUACACAGCCAUCUAAGUAUUAGGCCAUUUCUGAAGAACCAAAGUUUAAAUUUCAACUCCUGAAAUAAUAUUUAUCAAGCCCUCUCACAUGCACAAUUUUGAAACGCUAUUGUUAAACAUUGUAUUACUCCUCAUCCUUGAACCGAAUACUUGUUCUAAAAAAUGUUGUAAUGUUUUAAUGCUGUUUUAGUUUUAUUAUGUAUUACACACAGAGGCAUUACCAGUGCCAGCGGAUUGCUCACCAAAGUAAGCCACAAAGAUGCCCCUGCACAUUUUGAAUACUGAUGUGAUUUUCUCACAGCAGGCUAUGUUUUUAUGUCACUUGACAAUAGCUGGUAUGUGCCCAUUGUGCUGCAUAUGUAACAUUGUCUUACAUGCUACUUUAAAUGUAUAUAUCGAUGGUUUAAUGUCUGUUCAGGUGUACAAACACUUGACUUGAAAGUUGUCUCUUGUGUGAUUUUUACCUUUUGUGACCUUUGUUUUUCAAUAUAUGUGUUUUUCAAAAGGUGUAAAGCUGCAGCAUCUUUUAAAGCAAUUAAAACA